AUGGCACCCGGAGCCUUACAAACUAAAGGAGAUGGAAGGGUCACGGGGAAGAACAGUGAUUCAGUGCGCUAUUUGCUCAGAGAUUCCAUGACUCCUGGAGUGUCUGAUAAUCUGCCUUCAGGAGAAUUCUUGACCGCAUCUUCAGAAACCCAACUGAAAAGCACCCAACUCCUCAGGCAAAAUCAAUCAAUGAAAAUGAAAACCCACUCCAAGGGCCAGCACACUGACAAGUCUGAUCUUCAUGUACAGGAGAAAGAAUGUGGUGAAUACACAAUUCAUACAAUAGGUUUUGUGAUUGUAACCAGCUCCUGCUGGGUUGGAAAACUGACUCAGCCUGUGUUGGUCAAUGCGACGAGGGGUCAGAAGGCUUGGAUAGAGAAGACCUUUUUCAAACGGGAAUGCAUCCAUGUAAUUGUCAACAACAAAGACACAAACAGAUGUUGUUGUGGCCAACUCAUAACACAGCACAUUCCUCCCCUGCCAAGUACAACUAUCAGCAGAAAUGGAGAGGAGAAUAAGCGAGUGGAGACCCAGCCGGAAAAAUGGACCAUCAGCAAACACACCCAGACUUCUCCAACUGAUUCCUAUGGGAUUCUCGAAUUCCAAGGAGGUGGACACUCAAAUAAAGCCAUGUAUAUCCGGGUAUCAGAUGACACCAAACCAGACUCGAUGCUUCACCUUAUGGUGAAAGAUUGGCAACUGGAACUUCCCAAGCUUUUAAUCUCAGUGCAUGGAGGACUCCAGAACUUUGAGAUGCAGCCUAAACUGAAGCAGAUCUUCGGAAAAGGGCUAAUCAAGGCUGCCAUGACAACAGGAGCCUGGAUUUUCACUGGAGGAGUUAGUACUGGUGUCAUUCGUCAUGUAGGAGAUGCCUUGAAAGACCACUCUUCCAAGUCCAGGGGACGGAUCUGUGCCAUCGGCAUUGCUCCGUGGGGUAUCGUGGAGAACAAGGAGGAUCUCAUAGGAAAAGAUGUGACGAGAGUUUACCAGAUCAUGUCCAACCCGUUAAGUAAACUCUCCGUGCUCAACAACUCUCACACGCACUUCAUCCUGGCAGAUAAUGGAACGCUUGGUAAAUAUGGAGCUGAGGUAAAGUUACGACGCCAGCUGGAAAAACACAUCUCUCUUCAAAAGAUCAACACGCGCCUGGGUCAGGGGGUGCCAGUGGUUGGCCUCAUCGUGGAAGGAGGCCCCAAUGUCAUCUCUAUCGUCCUCGAGUGUCUCAGAGAAGAGCCGCCCCUCCCGGUGGUGAUUUGUGACGGCAGCGGACGGGCCUCCGACAUCUUGUCUUUUGCUCACAAGUAUUCUGAAGAAGGAGGGAUAAUCAGUGAAUCCCUCCGGGAUCAACUUCUAGUUACCAUUCAGAAAACAUUCAACUACAACAGAACUCAAGCUCAUCAGCUUUUUGUCAUCAUCAUGGAGUGUAUGAAGAAAAAAGAACUUAUAACUGUGUUCCGAAUGGGUUCAGAAGGUCAACAAGAUAUUGAGAUGUCUAUUUUAACUGCUUUGCUGAAAGGUACAAAUGCAUCGGCCCCAGAUCAGCUGAGUUUAGCCCUGGCCUGGAACCGCGUCGACAUAGCUCGCAGCCAAAUCUUUGUCUUCGGGCAUCACUGGCCACCUUUAGGAAGCCUUGCAGUUCCCGACGGUAAAGUACUCGACAAGGAAAAGAAAUCUCCAGUAGCCCCAGCCAAGGGAGUACGAGGGAAAGGAAAAGGUAAAAAGAAAGGAGGGAAAGGAAAGGAUGAAGUUGAAGAAGAAACAGACCCUCGGAAAAUUGAACUACUGAACUGGGUGAAUUCCUUGGAACAAGCUAUGUUGGAUGCUUUGGUUUUGGAUCGGGUUGACUUCGUGAAACUUUUGAUUGAAAACGGAGUGAACAUGCAGCACUUUCUCACCAUUCCCCGACUGGAAGAACUUUAUAACACGAGACUGGGCCCACCAAAUACGCUUCAUUUAUUGGUGAGGGAUGUGAAAAAGGGGAACCUUCCACCUGACUACCAUAUCAGCCUGAUAGACAUAGGUCUUGUACUGGAAUACCUCAUGGGAGGAGCCUAUCGCUGCAACUAUACUCGGAAAAGCUUUCGGACACUUUACAACAAUUUAUUUGGACCCAAGAGGCCAAAAGCCCUUAAACUUCUAGGAAUGGAGGAUGAUGAGCCUCCCACAAAAGGGAAGAGAAAGAAGAAGAAGAAAAAGGAAGAAGAGGUUGACAUUGAUCUAGAUGAUCCUGCGGUCAGUCGUUUCCAGUACCCUUUCCAUGAGUUAAUGGUUUGGGCAGUGCUGAUGAAACGCCAAAAAAUGGCACUCUUCCUGUGGCAACGAGGGGAAGAGUCCAUGGCUAAGGCCCUAGUGGCUUGUAAACUCUACAAAUCCAUGGCCCAAGAAUCUUCAGAGAGUGAGCUGGUAGAUGAUAUCUCUCAAGAUUUGGAUAACAAUUCCAAGGACUUUGGCCAGCUGGCUGUUGAGUUGUUAGAUCAGUCCUAUAAGCAUGAUGAACAAAUUGCCAUGAAACUCCUGACCUAUGAACUUAAAAACUGGAGCAAUUCCACUUGCCUGAAAUUAGCUGUGGCAGCCAAACACCGGGACUUCAUAGCUCACACUUGUAGUCAGAUGUUAUUAACAGACAUGUGGAUGGGAAGACUUCGUAUGAGGAAAAACCCAGGCCUUAAGGUUAUAAUGGGAAUUAUAUUCCCCCCCACCAUCCUGUUCUUGGAAUUUCGUACCUACGAUGACUUCUCAUAUCAGACUUCCAAAGAAAAUGAAGAGGGCAAAGAGAAAGAAGAGGAGAAUGCGGAUGCCAAUGCUGAUGCUGGCUCAAGGAAGGGGGAUGAAGAGAUUGGAAACAAAAAGCAAAGGAGCAUUCCCACUGGGAUGAAGAUCUGUGAAUUCUAUAAUGCCCCAAUUGUCAAAUUCUGGUUUUAUACAAUAUCCUACCUGGGCUACUUGAUGCUUUUCAACUAUAUAAUUUUGGUGAAGAUGGAUCGUUGGCCCUCCAUUCAGGAAUGGAUUGUAAUCUCCUAUAUUAUGACUUUGGCUAUAGAGAAAAUAAGAGAGAUCCUGAUGUCGGAACCAGGCAAACUGAGUCAGAAGGUGAAAGUCUGGCUUCAAGAAUACUGGAAUAUCACCGAUCUCGUGGCCAUUUCUGUGUUCAUGAUUGGAGCCAUCCUUCGACUGCAGAAUCAGCCUUACAUGGGCUACGGCAGAGUCAUCUACUGUGUGGAUAUCAUCUUCUGGUACAUCAGAGUCCUGGAUAUCUUUGGCGUGAACAAGUACUUGGGGCCCUACGUCAUGAUGAUUGGAAAGAUGAUGAUCGACAUGCUCUACUUCGUGGUAAUCAUGCUGGUCGUGCUGAUGAGUUUUGGAGUAGCCCGUCAAGCUAUUCUUCACCCAGAUGAGGAGCCGUCUUGGAGACUAGCCCGAAACAUCUUCUACAUGCCGUACUGGAUGAUCUACGGAGAGGUGUUUGCAGACCAGAUAGACCUCUAUGCCAUGGAAAUUAAUCCUCCUUGUGGAGAAAAUCUUUACGAUGAGGACGGCAAACGACUCCCUCCAUGUAUUCCCGGAGCUUGGCUCACUCCCGCUAUCAUGGCUUGUUACCUCUUGGUAGCUAAUAUCCUGCUGGUAAACCUGCUCAUUGCUGUCUUCAACAAUACCUUCUUUGAAGUGAAGUCAAUAUCCAAUCAAGUUUGGAAAUUCCAACGAUACCAGUUGAUUAUGACAUUUCACGACAGGCCAGUUCUCCCUCCACCUAUGAUUAUCUUAAACCAUCUUUACAUAAUCAUUAUGCGCUUCAGCGGUCGCUGUAGGAAAAAAAGAGAAGGAGACCAAGAUGAGCGUGAUCGGGGGCUGAAGUUGUUUCUAAAUGAUGAAGAAUUGAAGAAAUUAUAUGAAUUUGAAGAGCAAUGUGUGGAGGAAUAUUUUCAAGAAAAAGAAGAUGAGCAGCAGUCGUCGAAUGAUGAACGUAUCAGAGUGACAUCUGAAAGAGUUGAAAAUAUGUCAAUGAGGUUAGAAGAAGUGAAUGAAAGAGAGCAUUUCAUGAAAGCUUCCCUGCAGACCGUUGACCUUCGACUUUCUCAGCUGGAAGACCUCUCUGGUAGAAUGGUAAACGCUCUUGAAAAUCUUGUGGGAAUUGACAAGUCUGAGCUCGCACAGACCCGCUCCAGGGCUUCCUCGGAUUGUGAUGCAACUUAUCUCCUAAGACAAAGCAGUGUCAAUAGCUCUGAUGGUUGUAGCAUGUAUAAAUACCACAUCAGUGGAGAAGAGUUAGUCUACGAGGAUAGCGCCAGUCCUUUGUCUCCAGGAUCAGGAUUACGGAAAAGGGCCUGUUCUUUUCGUUUGAAGGAAGAGAAGGAUGGCGUGGAACCCAGGACUCAUCUGAUGCCAGAGCGCCAAGAAAGCCUUCGGGUUACAUCCAGUUCCCAUCUGGUUGCAGCACAAGAUUGCAAUAAAAUCCCAUCGGGCAACACAGAGGAUAGUUUAGGACCAAACUCAGUUUCGGAUAUCGGGAUUCCCACAGAUGAUCGGCCAGGGAAUUCCAACAGCGAAGAAUCGAUUUCCCAAAACUCAAAUCAAACAGAUCCCGAUAGGAACGGACACAAUAAAUCAGAAUUUCAGAACGCUCAACUAGUAGGGGACAAGACAAAGGUAGAAGCUACCAUCUCUUAUCCCUUAGAAAAACCGAAAGUGAUGAGAUAUUAUCCUGAUGAAACUUCCAGCAUUUGUAAAACCACAACCGUAAAGUCCAGAAGCUUUGUAUUCACCCAAAGAAAGAAACUGCUUGGUGGAGUGAACAACUGGAGUACAGAAUAUACUUCAAUUAUGGACCACGUUCGUCCUUCUACGGUUGAACAGUGGACUGCAGAAUGGAAAUACAGGGUUCAGCAGAAGGUUUCUCGUUCUCAUAGUACAGAAUUACCUUCCACUGUAUCUGAAGCUGCGAGGCAAGCAGAACAAAAAGAGCAGUUGACCGAUACGGAAGAUGAAAGUGACAUUCCUGAAGAAGAUACCUCAGCCUCUCAUUCUCCCCGGCCCGUCAUCGACAAAACUGAGACGGCAAAUUUACUCUCUGUAAAAUCAGACCGGACUUGUGGAUUUCUCUCUGUGAGGUCAAAAAGUUUACAUGGCCAUUCUCGCAAUGCCAAGUCCAUUCAGGACAAAUUAGAUAGACCCGGGCACGCCAGCAGUGUCGCCAACCUGGUAGUGGCUUCUGGCGGUGCCACGGAACAAGGAGCAAAGCAAGAAAAUGCUUCCACAGAAAAGGAAUGCUGAGAUGUGGCUUUUAGACGCUCACAGGGUGUCACGUCAGCUUACGUUACAGAACCCUAACCCUUAUCGUAACUAGGUAUUUUAGCAGAAAAUGCAACUUGGCUCCCCUUAGUCUGAUUUAGGGGUCAGCUACAAGCAGUUGAGUGGUCCGGGCGUGUGUACUUUCAAGCCUGGUGGGUGAGAACUGAGGGGAGGGGAAGGUGGUUUAAAAGCAGAAUUUCCUGCUGCUGAUGCUGCUUGGUGGAGUUCCUUUCCUUGAACCUCCACCCCUCCUUGAAUUAAAACCUGGGAGUUUAGUUAGCCUUGGUCUGGGAAAGGGGUAUAGAAAAUACUGCAGCAGCAGGUAGUUCUGAUUUUUAAAAUCAUUGCCAACCUGGGGUUGCAGAAGGCCUGAU